GGUUUGGUUGGGUUGGGUGGGGUGAGGUAGUGCAGUUCCUCUCUUUAUCUUUAUUUGGUGCAAUUACUUUAGCCGGAAGAGAGAUUUAGCAGAAGUCACUAUCCGGGGCGUCAAGGGUCGUUGGAUGAGAGCACCCCGGAAUUACCAACUUUUAUUCAAUUGAAUUUAUCUUCUCAAAUCAAAUCAAAUAAUUGCAUCAGAAAACACAACGCACAAACACCAAAACGCAAACAAACCGGCAGCAGCAGCAGCCAUGGGAGACGCCAUAGUGCUGUACGCAGCUCCAGGAAUUGGUCACAUCAUCUCCAUGGUGGAGCUGGGCAAGCUCAUCCUCAACCGCUACGGCCCCCACAAAUUCUCCAUCACCAUUCUCUACACGUGCGGCAGCUUCUUCGACACACCUAGCAUCCCCGCCUACAUCCGCCGGAUCUCCCACUCCCACCCUCCCAUUUCCUUCCGCCAGUUCCCUCGCGUCGCCACUAAAAUUACCCAAAACAUUAGCGGCUUCGCAAUCAUGACCGACUUCAUCCGCCAGAACGAUCCCCACGUCCGCCGUGCCCUCCAAGACGUCUCCAAAUUCGCCGUCGUUCGCGCCUUCAUCAUUGACAUCUUCUGCACCUCCGCGCUGACCAUUGCCAAAGAAUUCGACAUCCCCACAUACUACUUCUACCCUUCCGGUGCCGCAGCUCUGGCUGCUUUUUUGUAUUUUCCUAAGAUCCAUGAACAAAACACCCAGAGUUUCAAGGACCUCACCGACAUCGUUUUGAAAUUGCCCGGACGGAAAUCUCCCCUGAAGGCUAUAUACAUGAUGGAACCGGUGCUCGACCGAGAUGAUCCUGGUUAUUGGGACGUGCUCUCCUUUUGCUCACACCUUCCCAAAUCCAACGGAAUCAUCGUCAACACGUUCGAACAGCUCGAGCCACCUGACGUCCUCCAUGCCAUUGCUGAAGGCCUGUGUGUUCCUGAUGGGCCAACUCCGCCUGUGUACUACGUUGGACCAUUGAUUGACGAUGAAAAAGAAUCGGGUAAUGAUGCAGAUGCGGCGGAGGAGGACUGCUUGUCCUGGCUCGAUAAGCAGCCAAGUCUAAGCGUUGUAUUUCUCUGUUUCGGAAGCAGGGGAUCAUUCCCUGCAAUUCAGGUGAAGGAGAUAGCGAAAGGGUUGGAGGCGAGUGGGCAGAGGUUCCUGUGGGUGGUGAAGAAGCCGACGGUUGAUGAGAAAACAAAGCAGGUCCUUGGAGUUGACGACUUUGGUUUGGAGAGUGUGUUGCCAGAAGGGUUCUUGGAGAGGACCAAAGACAGGGGAAUGGUAGUCAAAUCAUGGGCACCGCAGAUGGCGGUGUUGAAGAAGGAAUCGGUUGGUGGGUUUGUGACGCAUUGCGGAUGGAACUCGGUGCUGGAAGCAGUUGUUGCGGGGGUGCCGAUGAUUGUUUGGCCACUGUACGCGGAGCAGCAUAUGAACAGGAAUGUUCUGGUGACGGACAUGGAAAUGGCGAUUGCGGUGGAGCAGAAAGAUGAGGAAAAUGGGUUUGUGAGCGGGGAGGAAUUGGAGAGGAGAGUGAGGGAGUUGAUGGAGUCGGAAGAAGGGAGAGUGCUUAGAGAGAGGAGCAAGAAAAUUGGGGAGGUGGCUGUGGCUGCUUUGGGAGAGAAUGGUUCGUCCACAAGAAACAUGGAUAACUUUGUUAAUAGCAUUACAUAAUUAUGCAGUUCUGGUUUUCAUUUGCAUUUGGAUUUUGGCAAGACAUAAAAUUAAGAAAAAUUGUAUCUGUACGAUCACAAUAGGAUUGUCGUCCGAUCACCUAAAUUUUCUUUAAAAGUUGGUUUUCUUUUCGUUCCUAGUGUUAUUAGACGACCGUCUGUAUUCUAAAACGAUCGUUUUUUAUAUUACCAGAUGAUAGUUUGAAAU